CCUUAUGAAUGUAAUCAAUGUGGUAAAGCCUUUACACAACAAAGUCAUCUCAAAAUCCAUGAAAGAAUACAUACUGGAGAGAGACCUCAUGAAUGUAAUCAAUGUGGUAAAGCCUUUUCAAGUCACAGUCAUCUCGAAAGACAUAAAAGAACACAUACCGGAGAGAAACCUUAUGAAUGUAAUCAAUGUGGUAAAACUUUUUCAUAUCACAGUUGUCUCCAAAGACAUAAAAGAACACAUACUGGAGAGAAACCUCAUGAAUGUAAUCAAUGUGGCAAAGCCUUUUCACAUCACAAUCAUCUCCAAAGACAUAAAAGAACACAUACU